GCUGACAUAUGGUCCUGUUCUGCUUCCACUGGGUUUCCCUCUGGUGCAUCAUUAGCAUGCUCUACUAGGCAGGUCUGCAUCACUGGAAAACAGGAGAUCCUAAUUCAGCACACAACAUUGCAUGAACUGAGCACACUACAACUGUACACAACUUCAGGCCGCAGGCUGUGGACUCUUCCAUUCCUCGUAUCACGGUGAUGCCUGGAUAUACUAUUACACUGGGAUGAUCGGCUUGGUUCUCAAGAGCUUGUGCACUUAAUCUUAUGCUGGUGAUUUGCCCAGGCACACCAGCCUCUGAAGGACCUUUCUCUCUCUCUCAAUGGCACAUGAAGAAUAAAAAGGUGGAUUUUGCAGAAUUGUGGAAUUCAUUAUUCCGUAGAUCUGCAUAAGACCAUCCUUAACAAAAUGAAUCAGAUGUGUAUUAUGGUCUGUUGAUGUAGACUCCACAACUUGAUCUUCCUGUAUCGGUAUUUCAAGCUCAUUACCAAACAUAGAUUUGUUUUAGAGCUAUAACUUCAUUGUACAUCAGUAAACACUGGCAUAUGUAAUACAAUAACCCAACAGAAAAUGGAAGAUGGCUUCAGAAAUGAUUCCAACUUUUACCAAGGAGCCCGCGAUAUAGCUAGAGAAGCGAAGAGACAGACCAGCAACCAAGCCAUGGAUGAUUACUCAAGAUACCAAGAUAAUACAUAUGGACAUUAUUCACCCAAUGAUGCCUAUUAUAAUAGUGGAGACCAUGUUAAUCAGGAUGAAGAUGCUCAGAGUGAUGCCACAGAGGGUCAUGAUGAAGAUGAUGAGAUAUAUGAAGGAGAAUACCAGGGUAUUCCUCACCCAGAUGAUAUAAGGUCCCAGCAUAAGGAUGCAAGCAUUAAAGAUGAAUUUAAAGACCAUGCUGACAUUAUGGCAGAACGAAUGGAGGAUGAGGAGCAGCUGGCUUAUCAGUAUGAGAACAUCAUUCAGGAAUGUGGCCAUGGACGGUUCCAGUGGACCCUGUUCUUUGUUUUAGGGCUAGCCUUGAUGGCCGAUGGAGUAGAAGUCUUUGUUGUGGGAUUUGUGCUCCCCAGUGCUGAGAAAGACAUGUGUUUAUCACGCUCAAACAAAGGAAUGCUGGGAUUAAUAGUGUACCUUGGGAUGAUGUGUGGUGCAUUUGUGUGGGGAGGACUGGCAGAUAGACUGGGGAGGAAGAAAUGCCUCCUUAUCUCGCUGACCAUCAAUGCUACAUUUUCAUCCUUGUCGUCCUUUGUUCAGGGGUACGGGUUCUUCCUUUUCUGCCGCCUUAUUUCUGGAUUUGGUAUUGGGGGGUCUCUUCCCAUCGUGUUUGCCUAUUUCUCUGAGUUCCUAGCUCGGGAGAAGAGAGGAGAGCACCUGAGCUGGCUUUGCAUGUUUUGGAUGAUGGGAGCAAUCUAUGCAUCAGCGAUGGCUUGGAGCAUCAUUCCACACUAUGGAUGGGGAUUCAGCAUGGGGACCCACUACCAUUUCCACAGCUGGAGAGUAUUUGUGGUGAUAUGUGUCCUGCCGUGCAUUGCCUCUAUAAUCGCCCUAAAGUUUAUGCCGGAAAGUCCUCGCUUCUUACUAGAGACAGGUAAACAUGAUGAAGCUUGGAUGAUACUAAAGAAGAUUCACGACACUAAUAUGAGAGCAAAGGGAGAGCCAGAAAAAGUUUUCACAGUUUCCCAUAUUAAGACACCAAAACAAAUGGAUGAAUUCAUUGAAAUUCAAAGUUCAACUGGAACAUGGAUCCAGCGUUGGCUUGUCCGGGUCAUGACUGUUGUGAAACAGGUAUGGGAAAGUGUGCUGUAUUGUUUCACUGGCCAAUUUAGGAGGAACACCGUACUUCUGGCUGUGGUCUGGUUUACCAUGUCAUUAAGCUUCUAUGGUCUUACAGUCUGGUUCCCUGACACAAUCCGCUACUUACAAGAGGAAGACUAUGCAACCAAAGUGAAAGUAUUUGAGGAUGAACAUGUCAGGAAUUUUGUUUUCAACUUCACCCUUGAAAACCAAAUACAUAUAGAUGGAACCUAUUACAAUGAUAAGUUCUACAAGAUGAAACUUAAAUAUGUAACAUUUGAGAAUUGUCUCUUUGAUGAGUGCUUCUUUGAAGACGUUACUUCACCUGGAACCAUCUUUAAGAACUGCACCAUAAAAGCCUCAUACUUCUACAACACAGAUAUCUAUAAGCAUAGAUUCAUUGACAGCAGAUUAAUAAACACCACAUUCCAUAAUCAAGAGGGGUGUCACAUUGACUUUGAAGAAGAUAAUGAUUUUCUGAUUUACCUGGUCAGUUUUCUGGGAAGUCUGUCAGUAUUGCCUGGAAAUAUAAUUUCAGCACUCCUAAUGGACAAAAUUGGAAGGAUAAGGAUGAUUGCUGGGUCCAUGCUGAUCUCUGCAGUUUGCUGCUUCUUCCUGUUUUUUGGUAAUAGUGAAUCUGCAAUGAUUGGCUGGCAGUGCCUUUUCUGUGGCACCAGUAUAGCGGCCUGGAAUGCCCUGGAUGUUAUUACAGUGGAACUGUACCCUACAAAUAAAAGGGCAACAGCAUUUGGUAUCUUAAACGGUCUAUGCAAGUUAGCAGCCAUAUUUGGAAACUCCAUUUUUGCCUCUUUUGUUGGCAUAACAAAGGUGGUUCCUAUUCUACUUGCAUCCACUGCCCUGGUAUGUGGAGGCCUUAUAUCGCUUCGACUUCCGGAGACACGAGAACUUGUCCUCAUGUGAAUACCUACACAGGGAUGAAAUAAUAAGACAUAAGAAUGCGAAGGCCAGUGCAUUGGAAGAAGUUCUGUCCGUGCAGAACCACUGUAAGAUGUCUGACCUGAGCUGAAUGGCUCACAGGGCAAGCAACUCCUCACUUUAUCACAGUCUUUACCACUCAAGAAAGUUUAAAAGUCUAAAAAGCUAUCAGAAGCAAUCUACUUUUAAUGAUAUUACAUAAGUGUUGCAUUUAUUUAUUUAUUUUAGCAUUUUAUUGUCCUUUGAUCAAAGUAAUCUAAAGAAACUGUAGAAAAAAUUGUAUAAACUACUAAGUUUAAAAAUAUACUACUAGUUAUACUAAGGAUCAUUUAGUAACUGCACAAUAUAAUAUAUAACAUAUAAACAAAGAUUUAAUUGCCAUAACUCACACCACCAAAGAGGAAAGCUGAUCAUUGCUCAAAUGUACUAAACUACAGUAAAUAUAUAUAGUAACCAAUCCCAUGUCAUUAGGGGUUACUGUCUAUAGACAGAUAGUUAAAAGAUAGACAGUCAUUAGUUAGACACUAUAUGAUCGACAGUCAAAAGUCAGACAGGGUCAAAAGUCAGACAAGGUCAAAAGUCAGACAGGGUCAAAAGUCAGACAGUCAAAAGUCAGACAGGGUCAAAAGUCAGACAGUCAAAAGUCAGACAGUCAAAAGUCAGACAGGGUCAAAAGUCAGACAGUCAAAAGUCAGACAGGGUCAAAAGUCAGACAGGGUCAAAAAUCAGACAGGGUCAAAAGUCAGACAGGGUCAAAAGUCAGACAGGGUCAAAAGUCAGACAGGGUCAAAAGUCAGACAGUCAAAAGUCAGACACAAAAAAAAUGUUUGAUUUUUCUGUUUUUUACAACUGUUGCCUCAUUUACUAUCCAUGUCACACAAACUAUUACUUUUAGUAAAGUUGUGGUGAGCGAAGUGGAGCGGAAUGAGACACCGAGCCCGAAGCGUGGCGAGCGGACAAAUUUUACCAAUUUUGGGUUAAAAAUGUUUAAAAACACAAAAAAAAUAAUUUUUUUGUGUGUCUGACUUAUGACCCUGUCUGACUUUUGACUGUCUGACUUUUGACUGUCUGACUUUUGACUCUGUCUGACUUUUGACUGUCUGACUUUUGACCCUGUCUGACUUUUGACUGUCUGACUUUUGACUGUCUGACAUUUGACUGUCUGACUUUUGACCCUGUCUGACUUUUGACCCUGUCUGACUUUUGACUGUCUGACUUUUGACCCUGUCUGACGUUUGACUGUCGACCAUAUAGUGUCUAACUAAUGACUGUCUAUCUUUUAACUGUCUAUGAGCUAUACCACACCCGUCAUUAGGGCUUAUUUAAUAACAUGACAUUUUAGUGAUAAAUAUGCAGUAAACCUUAAUAACCAAUAAGAUAUUUUCUUUCACUGUGUAACUUGCACUAGAAAGAUAAAAGCUAAUUACUGUUUAUUUCCCCUGGGCCACCUGAAUGCUGUCUUAGUAUUUUAAAUGCAGAUUUUCAACCUUGUUCAAUGUCAGUAAUUAAACCUUCAUACACUUUUGGGUGAGAUUAAGUAAAUAUAACAAUAAAUACUUAUUUCAUUAGAGCAACAUACACUUUCACACGGACUAAUACUACAUAAACUCCAACAAUGCUUCCUUGCUGAAGACAAAUUUAGAAUUAGUUGGAAGGAGAAAUCCCACAAAGACUACUCUUAACAGCUACUUUACUGUAUGUAUCUUUUUUACAUGAAGGUGAAGCUUUUCCAAGUGAGACUCUGCAAAACCAACCGGCAAAGCAGCCUUAGAGGGCUACCAGGACACAAACGUGUUUCUACCAUUAAUAUUACAUUUCCCAGGGGGGAAUGCCUGUAGCAACUAAUCAGCUUCUAGCUAGCAUUUAUAAAGUACAAUGUAUAAAAUGAUAGGUAGAAGCUGGUUGGUUGUUAACUUCUAAAGGGGACAGGCGAAGAAGUUGCCCAUAGAAACCAAUUGUUUUCUACCUAUAAUUUUAUGGAAUGUAUUUGAUAAAUGAAUGAUAUCUAGACUCUGGUUGGUUACUUUGUCAUAUUUGGUACAUUUUACAUUUAGUCUGAGACAAUCGGUUAACUGGAUGGCAGAACAGAGUGAUGGGUGUGGCCAGGGAUUUGAGCAUUCUAGAGUAAUGUAAUGUGACUGUGGUUUCCAUGGUACUUGCACGAGACUUUAAUGCACUGUACAUUAUUUAUAGCUGUUCAAAUGAAAACCUUAAUGAAAAAUGAAUUAUGUACUGGUACCUAGUAUAAUCUAUUUUAAAGAAACAUAAAUAAUUUAUAGAGGGGAUUGCAACACUUACAGUAUAUGGCAAUACCAGAAUAAGCUAUCUAAUAUUAGCACAAAAAGAAGCACAAUAUUUCUAUUUGCCAACACUGCCAAAUACCUUGUGUUUGUUUAAUCACUGCCAAGAGGCCAGAAACUUUUUGUGUUCUUUCUUUUUUAACUUCACAAAGAAUAUUUUAUCUGAAAAAGAACAUUCACUUGUACAAGAUUCAUACCUUUUCAGCACUACUACUCGUAUCUAUCUAUCUAUCUAUCUAUCUAUCUAUCUAUCUAUCUAUCUAUCUAUCUAUCUAUCUAUCUAAAGUGAACAAAUGUCUCUAAAACUUAAAGUACCCAUUGCUACUAUCAUUUUUAUGGAGAGGCUAAUUGCAGAUGAGGAUGGUAAGAUUGAUUUUAAUCUCUAGUACUUCUGAUUAAAAUAUUAAAUUAUGUAUAAAAUAUUAUAUAUAUUUAAUAUAUUAUUAAAGUUUUAACCAGUAGUAGAAUGAAUGCAUCUUGCACCUUAAAAUGCAAUUAAUUAGUUUACCGGCAUUAUACAGCUAUAUUUAAAAUAAUGAAAUGGCUCCUGGGUGUUUUAAUUUUAAUUUAGAUCUUGUUUAUAUAUUUAAGGAAUGAAAUGGAAAAUGAAAAAAAUUGUGUACAACACCUGUGAGCCUGGUAAUAUAAUGACAUAUAUGAAUAAUGCUGCUUCCUGUAAGAUCUGUUUUUUUACUUACUGUAUAAAAACAUGUUUGCAUGAUUUCCUUUUUAAGAUUCACGAAUGGUCGAUCAAAGUGCAGAACUGAAAGCUGGCACGAGGUGUUGCAUGAUUCAAUAAUUUGUGCUCUAGUCAUGGCCAGGGUAUGAUCUGAGGCAAGCUGGGUAGAAACCAAAUUAAGGCCACACACGCUUGGCGGGUAAAGGUGUCAGGUAAUAUUAGAACCUUAGUGUAGCUAAACUGUCUUAUACAGUCAAAUAAUUUUAAAAACACAACUAUUUAUGGAAGCUUGACAUGAGUCCAAAAUGAAGACUCAGUAUAAACUGAUAUUUGAUAUAAGUAUAAGGUGGAUUCUAACAGCAGUGAGUGCAAAUUACAAAUGCAUGGCUUUAAUAUUUAAGUAUGAGAUUUAUUAUCUGGAAUCCCCGAAACUAAUUUGUUUCUGAAUUCUUUGCUUAAAUUUUCCAAAAAAGAAAUGUUAAAAACUAGAUCUGUUUUUCCAGACUGCCCCAUCUCUAAAUUGUUUAGCAGUCUUUCUCACUGUGGGUCUCAUUCAGAUAUGGAUGCAUAAUGCCACAAAUGUACAAAGGAAAUUGAGCAAAAGUAUAUUUAUGUGCAAAUAUUGGGUUAGGGCCUCCAUAAAUCUAUGAGGCAAUUCCCUGACCCUGCCGGUAACGUCAAUCCAUUAACCAGAUCCACUGACUGGGGUAUGGGGUUUUAUUUAUUUUCCAAUAACCAGCACCAGGCUGAACCAACUGGGGGUUAAUGUGUAGCAGGGAGACACACAGCAUGCCCCCCCCCCCCUCCCCCACCCGCCAUAAAGUCAACCACCUUCAAACUGCUUAGCCUGAGGCUGGAUCUCCUAAGAAAGUUGGGCCCACAAAAAUGGAGUACCCCCUCUGUGAGAACACCAGCACCACUGAUAGUGGUGGGUAUGUGGUUAAUGAUUAAUAAAUAGUUAAGGUCCUGCACGCGUUGUAGUCCAUCUAUAAAACAAUAAUAAAAUAAACACAAAAAAUGGACAAAAAAUAUUUUUGGAAAUUGUUUAAAAAACACUUCCCCACACUGCCCUAGUUCUCCACUUUCAUACUCACAAAAGCAGUGAAGCAAGUCCUCAUUGAUCCAUGUAGGCAGUGGGUGUCCCAAUACAAAUCCCUGCAGCUGUGACAUUUGCAUAUUUUUGCACAGCUGCUGCAUACUAAAUAGCAGCUAUGAUGGCAUUUGCAGCCAUCUUUGAACCAUGCCAGGGCUGAAAGUAGGAUUUCUGUCACUCAGGGCAAGGCAGUAAUUUGGCACAUCUCUCCCUCCACCCCCCCCACCCCCACCCCCACCCCCACACACACUUUCCCCAUCCCCUGAACAUAUAGCACAGAGCUGGAAGGGCAAAAAAUUUUGUACAUCUAAAUCUCAUUGGGGAUAAAGGAGUGCUCUUAAAUCAGAGGGUAAAGGGGGAGGGGUGAAUCAUGGGGUGCCCUUUAGUCACAUAGGGGGUGAAAGAUGGGUUGCACCUAAUUCACAGAGGAGGGUGACAAAUAGUGAGGUAUACAUAAAUCACAAAGGGGGACAAAUAAUGGGAUGUGCAGAAGUCACACUGCAGAGCUGGUUUAGCUGGGCUGCUGGGGGCUGAGAGGCCAUUGGACUGGCUUGAAAGUAAGACACUGUGGGGUCUGUCCAGUGCUAGAGUCACCUGCAGGUAGGACUUCCAGCAGAGGAAGCUCAGGCCCAGUUGAGCCACACAGCAGUUCCAGCCCCCACUGGACAUCCCAUGGAGGCCCCCCUCCAUUUACCCAGCCAAAAAUGUCCCCCCAGAAUGAGCCCCUCCACCGGAACUCACCUAGGAAAUACCACAGCUCUGCUCCUGACAUUCCGUGCAAGGUCCGUCCUUCUACUUACUGACACUCAUCAAGCUGCUAGCGGCAACAUCUGCUCCAGGAGAGACAAUAACAAAACUAACGCUAUGUGACAGAUGCCGGGGGGGCUGCCUGUCAAUCAAGGAGGUGUGAUGCCACAUUGGCACAUGAGUAGGGUAGUGUUUAAAGAGGACCAUCUUGGACACCCUUAAAUGCUGCCCCCCGGGGCAUGUGACCCCUUAGCUGCCACCCCUGCCCCCUAGAAGCGGCUCUGAUCAUACCCACUGUCAGAAGUGAUUUUGGAUAGAUUUAGAGCUGAUGAAAAGAAUGAAACAAAAUGAGCACUAAAAAACAUCACUUCAUUUGCCUACAUCACUUAUUGGGCAUUGCUUAGAAUUAUAUGACUGAAAAGCCCCAUCAGAACUUGUGAAGGACAAAGGGGAAGAAUACUGAUGAUACUCGUGUAGAGUUGGACAUAUUGUGAACACAAUUUUGGCACGCUUAUGUUUCUUCAAAUAUAGGCCCUCAUUCCGAGUUGAUCGCUCGCAAGGCGAAUUUAGCAGAGUUGCUCACGCUAAGCCUACGCCUACUGGGAGUGUAUCUUAGCUUCUUAAAAUUGCGACCGAUGUAUUCGCAAUAUUGCGAUUACAAACUACUUAGCAGUUUCAGAGUAGCUUCAGACUUACUCGGCAUCUGCGUUCAGUUCAGUGCUUGUCGUUCCUGGUUUGACGUCAUAAACACACCCAGUGUUCGCCCAGACACUCCCCCGUUUCUCCGGCCACUCCUGCGUUUUUUCCGGAAACGGUAGCGUUUUUAUCCACACGCCCCGAAAACGCUGUGUUUCCGCCCAGUAACACCCAUUUCCUGUCAAUCACACUACGUUCGCCAGAGCGAAGAAAAAGCCGUGAGUAAAAAUACUAUCUUCAUUGUAAAAUUACUUGGCGCAGUCGCAGUGCGAAUAUUGCGCAUGCGUACUAAGCGGAAUUUCACUGCGAUGCGAAGAAAAUUACCGAGCGAUCAACUCGGAAUGAGGGCCAUAGUGUAUUUCUACUACAAAUGAGCACUAAACAUUCUUCCAUUCACGGCCCUAGGGUGACUGGGGUGCAUUUGGCGUUCACAACUUCUUACUCUUGAGAGGAGGAACUGAGACUGGAAGAGACAUGCAGUAUGGUUAAAGUACAUUAAGGGCUUUUUUGUGUAAAUGCUUCCCUCACUCACCACAAGAAAAAUACACAAGGGGAUGGAUCACUUGUGGAAUUUAAAUCCCUGGGACAAAAUGAUCUCGAUUAGACUCCAAAACGGAAAUAUUUUUUCAAUGGAGCACCAAUAUGUGCAGCAGGUAAAUUUGGCAACCUUAAAGAUCUCCCCUCACCAGAGAAGACAUCCCAAACACAACAAAAUAGACUCUUAUUAGUAGAAUAUCUGAAAUCUAUUCAUAACAUUCAGAAAAAAAUAUAAAUUUAAAAGAUCCUUCUUAUAUCAUAGAAAAGUGGUGUUACACAGAACCAUCACCAUACAAGGAUAUAUGUAGAGCGAUUUCCAUCAGCCACCCCACCAGGUGUGAGCUCGAUUGUAGAGGUCCUGGUAUAGACAGAGGGGUCGGACCACCAAAUACCCUAUGCAUUUUGUCCAUUGCACAGGACUUCUUCAUGGGUAAAAGGAGUCACAAUUUGAAACGGGUAACAAAUAAAAGAUACUCACUGAAAUACUCCACUGGCCAAUAGCAUCCCUUAGAUGAGAUAAAAGCAUGAAAAUCCUUCUAAGACUAUGCACAAUAGCAGAGAUCCCACUCAUUUAGAGGCGUGUGUGUGUGUGUGUGUGUGUGUGUGUGUGUGUGUGUGUGUACCCCACUAUUGGGGUAGCUGCAAUCUAUACACACUAUUACACUGAUAUUUGCUUUUAUACUGAUAAUUCCCUUUACAUUUCUAUGUAUUUGAACCUAAUGAAUACAUUCAUAUUGUAUUUACAUCUGCUUUUAGUUCCCUUUUACAAAGCAAAUGCUUUAUUAAUAACAGUGUCAAAUAAACUGUAUAUUAAUUGAUUGUUGUAACGUUAGCAUUUACUACAGUACUAUCACUGUCAAGCCAGACUUCUUGGAGUAAAGCAGACACUUAUAUUCCAGUUUUCUCCUGCAGUUAACCCGGUGCAUAUGCUCCGCUACCCAAGCUGCAGGCAUCUAGAGAUAUGAUGUAACUGAGAGAAACUAUUCAAGCUUUUUUGAGGUGAUAAAGAUAACAACAGUUUCUAACAAAAUAAAUAUUACACACAUUGUUCAGUUUUUGGAUUUGCUCCUUUGUUCUUGAAUGAUGUCACUAGUUUAUAACAAAUUGAUAGGCUGCAUUCUCAUGAAUAUGAGUCCAGACCUUAAAAUGGCUUUCUCUACAGUGCGCACACAUUAAUUCCAUAUAUGUAGUCUACAAAAUAUGUCUUAAAGAUUUUUUUUCCACCAGAACUGUGCACCUAUUCCAAAACUGGUUGUUCUGCCACCAAACCAUGGGCAGAUGUACUAAGCCUUCGAGAGUGAUAACCUGGAGAGAGAUAAACUAUUGUACCAGACAAUCAGCUCCUAAAUGCCAUAUUACAAGCUGUGUUUGAAAAAAAUAACAGGAAUUUAUUGGUUGGUAGUUUAUCUCUCUUCACUUUAUCAUUUUCUAAGGCUUAGUACAUCUGCCACCCUGAGAGAUUUAACUUAUCUCUACUCAUGUCGGGGGUAAUUCCGAGUUGAUCGCACGUAGCAACUUUUUGCUGCCCGUGUGAUCAACUAGACGCUGCCUGUGGGGGAAGGUUUUUUACAUGGCAAGGCUGCGAACGCUUGUGCAGUCGAGCUAUGCAAAAACAUUUUGUGCAGUUUCUGAGUAGCUCUGGAGUUACUUACCCGCUGCGAUGUCUUCAGCCUGUCAGUUCCUGGAAUUGACGUCAGACACUGCCCUGCAAACGCCUGGACAUGCCUGCAUUCACCACACCACUCCCAGAAAAUGGUCAGUUGAUGCCCUGGAACACCUUCCUCCUGUCAAUCUUCUUGCGAUCGCGGUAGCGAUCACUUUCUUCGUUCUUCUUGUCGUUGCGUCGCUGGGCAAUGAUGCGCCUGCGUAUUGUGCAGCAGUUUGCGAACGGGUCAGAAUGACCCCCGUUAUUCAUAUCAACUUACUGUGCUCAUUGACAUGUGACCAUUGUUGCAAUAUGUUCAUCUUUUACAUGUACCCCUCAACAAUGACAAAAAGUCUAAUGAGUCCAUUUAUAAAGACUCCUCUUAAAUGAAGAUUAUAAAUAGUCAUCAAGGCAGCUGAUUGAUGCUGAUGUCCCUAGCGAUGCUGGCUGGCAGAGGUAACCUUACUUCAGGCUAGGCCAGCAGUCAUCUGUUAGUCAUCGCCUCUGUGAGCCACUCCAGAUCCAGAUAAGAAAAAAAGAAAAAGAAAAAAAAAGAAUAAAAGGGGAAACAAGCAAAUUGUUUACAAUUAAAAUGAAAACAAAAAUGCUUCAUUUUAAUAAGAUUUUUUUUCUCCUGUGGGCACUACUGACUGAUAAUGUUCUGAGAUGGCAUUGGCCAUUGGAUGGCAGCAGGAGUACUAUAGGAGCAUCACAGAAAGGCAUAAUGAUCAUCACUCAUCACCAUGGGUUGGCUUUAAUAAAUAGGCAGAUGCUCUAUAUCCUGAGCGAGCUCACAGUUUUGCAGGAUUUUGGCCGUAUGUGCCUUUGAAACAUAGACCCCUAAAUAUGUUGGGGAAAGAAACACUAGUUUGAGCUCUGCUGUUUACUCUGUUUGCUCUGCUGCAUACAUCUUCCUUUUAUUAUGGUCAAUGGUUACUAAGUAUAGUGUAUAUGAGAGCAAAAGUCCAGCAAAUUCCGAUUUGGAUAGAAAAUUGUUUUAAUACUUAUAUUACUUAUUCAUUAUUUAUUUUUUUAAUUUUAAUUAUUACAAACAAAAAUGUUCUCUGAGGAUAAUUACUGUAUUACGUUUAUCUUUUACUGAUAUGUGCUGUGCUAUCAGAUAAAAUCUAAUAUUAGAUGAAGCAAACAAUAAAUAAAUACAUUUCCUGGCGUGUUAGUGCAAAUGAAAUACUUACCAUGUCUAUGAAAUUGCAAAGCAAUGUCUUACUCUUAUUAUUAUACAGUAAAGGUGUGCAUGCUAUUUUGCUACAGGUUUGCACUAAAGACACAUUAGAUCAUGAACCUGCUUACUAAAUGAUCGUUAAUAGGUUAUACAGUAUACAGUAUAGCCAUUUAUUUACCAAAUGGUAUCAAGAUGCUUCACCUUUCAACUAAACCAUGUUCACCUCUAGCAAAUCUACCCCUGUACUAGAGCUUUAUUGUGUGGACGAUAUACUAGAAAAUCCAGGAAAGCUCUAUAUAACUAUUACAAACUCAUUUGCUUGCUCUGUGACUGUGAUUCCUGAAAUCUGCCAUCAAGCCAUCCAAAACACCGGAUCAGUAAUUAUCAAUGUUAACUGCAAUGUAUGUUAUUAGAGAUGUAUGUUUUGUGUCAUGUUGUAAAUAUGAAUAUAACUCCAUCCAGUGCUGUGCAGGCAUGCCUGUGUCAAUCAUAUAGUUAAUGGACGACCUUAGCUGUUGCUAACAUUUGCUUUAUUUAAUUCAGAUCAGACGGCUUGGGUGAGAUGUGCUGUAUUUAUAGCAGUGUUUUAUUUGUCAUUAUGAUUAAUUUCUUUAUUUGUGAUAGAGCAUUUCAUUUUUAAUUUUUAAAUAUUUGUUCAAUAAUUGCAAACACAGCUUUAUAUUGAUUCAUGUUUAUGAACUGCUCAAUAAAUUUAAAAAAAUAUGUGA